AUGGAUAUCAUCCAGGCCACCCACAUUUCCUUGCUGCCCCGGGAAGCCCCCACAGCUACCUGGAGCAACAACUCUGUCCCCCCCUACUCCCACUUCCUGUUCAUCUCCACUCCCUCUGAACAGCUUCUCACUUUCCCUCCAACCGAUGGCUCUCUCCACGUAAACACCUGUCAGAACUGCACCAAACCUGAACUUGGAUCGCUUCCUGGUUUGGCUGGAAUCUUUAUUCCACUUAUCUAUGGGAUAGUGUGUGUUGUUGGCCUGGUGGGAAACACUCUGGUCAUCCAUGUUAUAGUUAACUACACCAAGAAUGAAUCAGUCACCAACAUCUACAUCCUCAACCUAGCCAUUGCAGAUGAGCUCUUCAUGCUGGGUCUGCCCUUCUUAGCAGUGCAGAACGCUCUGCUCUCCUGGCCCUUCGGCUCUCUAAUGUGCCGUGUGGUUAUGACAGUGGAUGCCAUCAACCAGUUUACCAGCAUCUUCUGCCUAACUGUGAUGUCAGUGGAUCGUUACCUGGCCGUGGUGCACCCCAUCCGCUCCUCCUGGUGGCGGCGUCCCCAUGUGGCCAAGGCCAUCAGCGCCACAGUCUGGGCAGGGUCCUUUGUGGUAGUGCUGCCCGUGGUGGUAUUUGCCGAUGUCCUGAAGGAUGACGGGAACUGCAGCAUCGUGUGGCCUGAGCCGGCAGAAGUGUGGAAGACAUCUUUCAUCGUGUACACGUGCACGGUUGGUUUCUUCUGUCCCCUGCUGGUCAUCUGCUUGUGCUACCUGCUGAUCGUCAUCAAGGUGCGAAGCGUUGGAAAACGUGCACAGGCCACAUCCUCUCGACGCAGGAAGUCAGAGCGUAAAAUCACCAGGAUGGUAGUUGUCGUGGUGGCGGUGUUUGUCCUCUGCUGGCUACCGUUCUAUGCCCUGAACAUCGUCAACCUCCUGAUGGUCCUGCCAGGAGACUUCAGGGGGCUCUACUUUUUUGUUGUCGUGCUCUCAUAUGCAAACAGCUGUGCCAACCCCAUCCUGUACGGAUUUCUUUCUGACAACUUCAAGAGAGGCUUCAGGAAGGCCCUGUGCCGCACUUCACGCAGGGUGAAGAACAACGACAGGGCUGGCACCGAGGUACAGCGGCCCACAGAGGAGUGGGGCGGCAUUGUGCUUCAAAUGCACAAAACUGAAGGAGUCACCAAUGUACAUAGGAAGGACUGCGGUGAAAACGAAGAAGAGGAGGAAAUCAAUGGAACAGAGGGGGCCAUGCAGAUGAGCGAAAUAUGCAAAAUAUCAGAAAAUGGAAACCACAGUGGAGUAACAGAGGGUUCAAGGACACAGGUCGUGCAGAGGUGUAAGCCUGAGCCGGAGCACUCGGGUCAGAGUUCUAAACAUGGAGAACUGACUGGCUUUGAUCCUGCUGAGGCGGCGUCCUCUACGGCCAGUAAAAGUAGAAACAAAGGGUCGCGACCGCAAGAAUUCCAGGACAAAAACUCCGUGCUUGAAAUCAGCUAUCUGUAA